AUGCCGGACCUACAAUUGAUUGUCGCAUUAGCGGUGGCAAGAAAUGGUCUUCCUAAAAUGAUGGGAAUAUUGGGGUGCCAAGGGGAAAUCCAAUUCCAAGCUGCUGAUUCUAUUGCUUCUCGACAGCACUUGAUGUGGCGUAGUAUAUGGAAAUGCAAAAUACCUCCAAAGUUACAGCAUUUUUUGUGGAAAUGUUGUAAUCUUGCUCUACCAGUUCACCACCUUCUUCGAAUACAUGGAAUGUCUGUUGAUGUUGUGUACCCCAGGUGUAGUGAUGAGGAGGAAUCAUUGGAACGCAUCCUUUUUCUUUGUCCUCAUUCUAUCCAGAUCUGGAAAUUAUUGCCUUUAAGUUUUGAUUUUUCAGUGGACCAAUCUAUUUCGUUUGUGGAUUGGUGGAUGACAUUAGUAGAGAGGUUGGGGUUGAAGGAUGAGGUUCAGAAUGUUUUAAGAUUGGUGGCUUUUUGCUGUUGGGGUAUCUGGAAGGCUGGAAAUAAAUUUGUUUUUGAUGGCCGGCUUUUUGAUCCGCCAAGGGUGGUUUCAUUAGCUUGUUCAUCCUUCCGGGAGUUUAAGGAGGCUUUCAAUUCUACAGGUGUUGAUUUAACUUCUUAUCAAGUCGGCGGCCCUAGAUCGGUUUUGUGUCCCCAUCCCUCCCCUUCUCAUUGGUUGCCUCCACCAGAGGGUAUUAUUAAAUGUAAUGUAGAUGCUUCCUUUUCUUCGAUUUCUCAUAUUGGGGGUGGUGGUGCUGUUUUCAGGGAUUCUAGGGAAAAUAUUUUACAUGUAGUGGUUUUUUCUCCUUUUUCGGCUUCGACUGCUACUAUGGCUGAGGCUAUGUGUUUGCGUAAAGUGGUUCUCUGGGUCUCAACUUUGUCUUCUGAUAAGUUAUGGUUCACGUGCGAUUCUUUGUUGGGCAGUUGA